AUGAGUUUUUUUAAUGUUCUUAGAAGGUCUCGAGUUCGACGAGACAUUAAAACUCGGAAAGCUGUAGCAAUGUACGAAGUAUUACGACAAGCUUAUCGUUAUAUAAUAAGGAAUGAAACAAUUCCAAUGAGAGCCCGAAUACAAGCACAACUGGAGUUGAAUGAUUUACCACGAGAAACACGUUCAACAACCAUUAAAAACAGAUGUACAGAAACAGGUCGUGGACGUGCUGUCUUCCGUGACUCUAGACUUUGUCGUUAUCAAUUUAGACUAAAAGCUUUAAAUGCUGAUAUGGAUUCAGUUAACCUUAACAAUAGCAGUAAUAUUACUGAAAAUGAAUCAUCAUCGAAUCAAAAUUCAAAUUUAAAGGGUAGUAAUAAGCGCAUAGACAUUAUCGAAGAAUGCGAUAAACGUAAUGCUGAAAAAGAAUUUUUAAAUUUAGUUAUUAUCAUGUUGAUGAGUCAUUUACUUUAUCUUCUUGGUGAAGCAGAUGCAGCAGUACUUGUAAUAGAUGCUACAGUAGGUGAAUUUGAAGCAGGUUUUGAUGCCAAAGAGACAUGCAUUUCCACGCUAGAAGUUUAG